GGUCGAGCUCGAGUCACAUCUCUGGGAGCCCCUAGAAAACGGGUCCCCAGUCUGCAGCUUCCUGCAGAGGAAGAGCUUCCUGCCGUGGUGGCCCCGAGUCCCCAGCAGAGACUCUGCGGCAUCCAGACCCCUGGGAACGACCUGGAGAGGAGCUCGCAGCUGGGAAAUGCGUUUGGGACUUUUGGCCGCAGCACGAGACUGGGUCGCUGGGCUGGAGAGUGGCCGAGGCUGGAGCUGCGGGACCCUCGUCCUCACGCUGGAGCCUUCGCGCCGGCACAGCUGGGCUCUCCCAGGGUCGGGCCUGUGCCCACCGCAGGCCCCACCGGGCCACCAGCUUCCCCGGAGGUUCACAGGAGCCUCCAGGGCCAAGGGCCACCGGAGGGCCGGGUUCCGGGCACGGAUGGCCCAGGGGCCGUCUGCUGUCUGGUGGGCACGUAGCCCAAACAUGGCGACCCUGGUGUGGUGCUCUUUCCAAACACGGCGGGGCUGGCCUGUGGGACGGAGGGAGCAGUCUCCCAGGGACCCGUCCCCCCGGGGCUCAGUGACGAAUGACGGCACCCAUCCUUGCCCUCCGCAGGUGAGUGGCGGUCCCUCUGCUGACCGGCGCCCACCGCUGGCUGACCCCUCGCAGGCCCUGCGACCUGCACCCCGCCCCCGCUGCCCGGCUGGGCCCUUCCGCUGUGGGAGUGGCUUGGGCAGGGCUGCGAGGGCGUCCCCAAGGCCUCAGCCUGCCGCCUCCCAUCUGCCCUGCGUGCUGCUUAUCAGGUAACCGGAGCCGCAGCCUCGUCCACGCCUGAAACGGGAGGCCCGGCCUGCGCACGAGCCGCCAGAGUGGCCGGAGGAUGGAUGCGCAGCGGGCGCUCGCGGCCGCCAAGGCCGGGGACGUGGCCACCCUGGAGCAGCUGCUGGAGGCCGGCGUCCUGGGCCCGGGCAUCACUGAUGCCCUGGGGGCUGGCCUGGUGCACCACGCCGCUCGGGCCGGCCACCUGGACUGCGUCAGGUUCCUGGUGCAGCGGGCCAGGCUGCCCGGCAACCAGCGGGCCCACAACGGGGCCACUCCGGCGCACGAUGCCGCCGCCACAGGCAGCCUGGCCGAGCUGUGCUGGCUCGUCCGCGACGGGGGCUGCGGCCUGCAGGACCAAGAUGCCUCGGGCGUGUCCCCGCUGCACCUGGCCGCCCGCUUCGGGCACCCUGUGCUGGUGGAGUGGCUGCUCCACGAGGGCCACUCGGCCACGCUGGAGACCCGGGAGGGCGCCUUGCCGCUGCACCACGCCGCCGUCAGUGGGGACCUGACCUGCCUGAAGCUGCUGGCGGCCGCCCACAGCAGCGGCGUGAACCGGCGGACACGCAGCGGUGCCUCCCCACUCUACCUGGCCUGCCAGGAGGGCCACCUGCACCUGGCACAGUUCCUGGUGAAGGACUGCGGCGCCGACGUGCACCUGCGCGCCCUGGACGGCAUGAGUGCCCUGCACGCCGCUGCCGCCCGGGGCCACUACUCGCUCGUCGUCUGGCUGGUCACGUUCACCGACGUCGGCCUGACGGCGCGGGACAGCGAGGGCGCCACGGCCCUGCACUUCGCAGCCCGAGGAGGCCACACACCCAUCCUCGACCGGCUCCUGCUGAUGGGGGCCCCCAUCCUGAGGGACGCCUGGGGCGGCACCCCCCUGCACGACGCGGCAGAGCACGGGCAGAUGGAGUGCUGCCAGACCCUGGUCUCCCACCACGUGGACCCCUCCCUGCGGGACGAAGACGGUUACACGGCAGCGGACCUGGCGGAGUAUCACGGACACCGGGACUGUGCCCAGUACCUGCGGGAGAUGGCCAGGCCGGUGCCACUCCUGAUGACGCCCCCGCCACCGCCGUUCCCUCCUCCCCCACUGUCAGCCGCCGGGCACUCCCCGGAGGACGGAAGGAGAGGGGGCUCGGGGCUCUCGCAGCCCACCCCCAGGGCUCUCAGCCCCACCUGGCCCGGCAAGCCCGACCAGCCACCGCCCGGGGAGCAGAGGACCUGCCCAGCGCCACCCAGUGUCUCCGCCAGGGCCACAGCGGCCCCCACGGCUGCGGAGAUGGCCGUGGCGGGGGACGGCCCGGACGGCCUGGCCGCGCUGCAGCUGGACGGGCUGCCCCCGGGCGACCUGGACGGGCUGGUGCCCACACGGGACGAGUGCGGCCGGCCCAUCCCCGAGUGGAAGCGGCAGGUGAUGGUGCGCAAGCUGCAGGCGCGCCUGGGCCAGGACCCGGCUCCCGAGGCCCAGGACGGCGGCUGGGGCCCGGGGCCCGGGGAGCAGGCGGCCUGGCGGUACUCCCAGACGCACCAGGCCAUCCUGGGCCCCUUCGGGGAGCUGCUGACGGAGGACGACCUGGUGUACCUGGAGAAGCAGAUCGCAGACCUGCAGCUGCGGCGGCGCUGCCAGGAGUACGAGAGCCAGCUGGGCCGGCUGGCGGCUGAGCUGCAGGCCCUGCUGCCCGAGCCCCUGGUCAGCAUCACCGUCAACAGCCACUUCCUGCCCCGGGCGCCCGCCGAGGCCGAGGAGGCCGCGGCCCCGGAGGCCGAGCCGCCGCUGCGCAGAGGCCUCGCGGGCGGCGCCGGCGGCAGCCUGCCCUUCUGGUGCGGCCACAUCGCCCGGCUGGUGCGCAGCCUGUCGCUGCUGCUGAAGGGCGUGGACGGGCUGGUGCAGGCGGAGGAGGGGCCGGCGCCCCUGCGCCCCCACGCCUGCGGGGAGGCCCCGGCCAGCCCCCCUGGCAGCGAGGCCCAGCGCGAGAUCCGGGAGUGGGGCGUGUCCGUGCGGACGCUGCGGGGCAACUUCGAGGCGGCCCCCCGCCUGCCCUGCGGCCCCGGCCCCUGCGAGCCGGGCGCCCGGCCCGGGCACUGUCUGAGUGGCUGCUGGCCGGCGCCCCCGCAGCCCUGCAGCAGCGUGACCGCAGGGGGGCCCGCGCCCGGCGACGCGGAGGAGGCCAGCGACUCGGGCAUCAGCUGCGAGGAGGCCCCGUCGGAGGCCGGCCCCGCGCCCGGCCCAGAACCCGCGCCCGGCCCGGACCCCGCCAGCCUGCGCAAGGAGCGCAUCGUCACUCUCUUCCUCGGCCACUGGAAGAAGUCGGCCUGCACGCCGGCCCUCAAGGCGGCGGCCUGCCGGACGCUAGAGGCCCGCCGCGGGGGGCCACGGGCGCAGGACGCAGCCGGGAGCCCCGGGCUGCCGCCCAGACGCCAGGAGUCCUCGCCCCUGUGGCAGCAGCGCAGCAUCAUCUCCCACCUGCUGGGCAACUGGAAGACCAUCCUGGCGCACGUGCCCGCCCGCCAGCUGCGGCGGCUGAGCCGGCGGCCCCCGGGGCCCCUGUCCCCCGAGCAGUUCCUGCCCCACGUGGCCGGGGCCCCCGUGCCCUACAGCAGCCUCUCACUGGACCUCUUCAUGCUGGGCUACUUCCAGCUCCUCGAGUGCGACCUGCCGGCCGAGGAGCGCAGGAUGCGCCACCUGCUCUGCUUCGAGGUCUUCGAGCACCUGGGCGCCCACGGCUGGGAGGCCGUGCGCGCCUUCCACAAGGCCGUGACCGACGACGUGGCCGCCGGCCGCCGCGCCUGGACCGACGGCUUUGAGGACAUCAAGGCCCGCUUCUUUGGCUCCAGCCAGGGCCCCGCCUGGGACGCCGAGCCCGGCCGCAAGUCGGGGCUGACCCCACUGGGGCCCCUGCCCCACGCCGCCGGCCCCGGCAGCGGCCCCCGGCCCACGGCGGCGCGGCGGCCGGCGCCCGGCUCCCCACGGGGCAGUUUCAACAGCGAGGACAUCUGCGGCUACAUCGACCGGAGCUUCGCCUUCUGGAAGGAGAAAGAAGCCGAGAUGUUCAGCUUUGGAGAGUGACCCGCCGCGGGGGUGGGCUGGGGGCGUGUUGGGUCUCUCUCUCCUCUCCCCUGCGCCGGGCCGGCGAGCCUGGCGGACCCUGUGUCACCCUCCCGCCCCGCCCGUUGCCAGCGUUACUUGCCAGCGUUACCCGCCCCUUCUCCCGCCUGCGUCUCCAAGAGCCCCUCACCCUGCACUGGGGGCCCCUCCCGGUCGCCGAGAUGGGGGGAAGGGCGCCCACCCGGCUCCAGGCAGCGGCUCCCGGCCUCCUGCCCUGCUGGACACCCCUGUGGAGCUGGCGGUGGGCACGAGUCUGCUAAACAGAGCUCCCCGUCCCCGCCGCCCACCUCCUGCGCUUGCCCUGCCCCAGCCCCUGGGCAGCGCCGGUGCCCACAGGGCCGGUCCUCACCCCAGCACCAGGGCGAAGCGUCCUGUCCUCCUGCACACGGGCGCACGCUGCCCUGCCCACUCCUGGGUCGCGGUGAGGGUGCACUGGGCCGGGGGGAGUGUCUGUCCCGGGCGUCACCCUUGUCUCACACGCACCAGCCCAGGGUGCCGCUGGCAGCGGGGAGCACCAGGGGGAGCACUCCGGAGGCUGUCUCUCGGGACGGGGCCUGGCUCUUGGGUCCAACACGCAGCCAGCAGGGACAGGCAGGGCUGGUCCCUGCCCUGCGCCGGCUGGCAGGAGGCACGGGCGGAGGGCAGGUCUGGGCUGGGCCACGGUGGGUGGUGUGGGGAGGUCGGACACUCUGGUGUUUCCCAUCCCGCAUGUGCCCCUUGCUGACUGUGCAGCUCUAAGGGCCUAACGGGUGUGGGGGUGCGGCACACACUGAGCCCCCCGUCACUCCCUGCCCGAGUGUUCAGGGCACCCCUGGCUCGGGUCGCCCCUGCCCACUCACUGUGGCCUCAGGCAAAGUCUCUCCAUGGCAGCUGGGCCUUGGUUUCCCAGCUGAGGGGCUGGAUCAAGGCCAGGAGGGGCACCCCACAAGCGCCUGGGGUUCCCGGAGGACCUGGGGUGGGCUGCCCAGUGAGGGGUGAGGCGGGGGCUCAAAUCUAGGCUCGUGGCCCAGAGGAGGGAGGGGACAUCUCUGCUGGGGUGCUCCUGGCUGACCCCAAGUGGCCUCCUGCAGACACCCUGCUUCUGAGGGGCACACCGGGAUGGGGCUGGGAACCCUGGCCCCGGCAGCUCACCUGCGUCCCCAGAGCAGGCAGGGGCUGGCCCUGGCAGGCACACUCGCAGCAGCAAGGCCUAGUUGGUGCCUAGAAAGCUGUUGUCCAGUUGGCAAGAAACGCAGAGGCCCCCCGAGCCCCUGUCUGUGCACCCCGGGGGGCUGCAGACGUCGGCGAGGCGGCCAGACCCGGAACACAGGUGCGAAACCCAGGGGCUUCCCGGUGACCCAAACCGCACGAGCCCAUCUCCCCAGCCUGGUGUGCAGGAGGAGGACGCAGAGGAGCAGGACACUGUAGGACACUGCAGCAAGGACAGCAAAGGACCUCUGUCCCCACCUCCGUCCUCGCGACUGGAAUAAGCACGUGAAGGUGUGAGUUCCCUGCACGUCAGCGUGCAGGGUGACGCGAAACCCAGCUCUUUGGUGUGGUGGUGGUUGUCUCUAAAGUUCAUUCGAAAGAAACAACGGACGAAGCCCACUGCAGCGGCCAGGCUGCAAGGAGGACACCAGUGACCCUGCCUCCUGGCAGACGCGGCACACACCCCGAAACGCACACGCACACACACGCAGUACCACGGAGCACGGCAGAAGCCACGGGUGUCACACGGCUGUAACAGACGCUGUGGCUCCAUCUCUGUCACCCUCCCCGUCGCUCACAGCCGGGGCAGACUUACAGCCUUACCCAGGGCCCCACGGCGGCCCGGCCCAGGCCACCCUCCGGGCGACCGCACCUGGGGCGACCGCUCGCGCAGCCCCGGAGACAUCCUGAGGAGGAACCGCCCCUCACACGCGCCCCGCCGCGCGAAACCGCGAGGUCGUGGACGUGGGUGUUCUAGACAGUAGACGCGGGGCGAUUUGUUACGCGGCGAUGGGUACAGUAGACAAGUGCAGACAGAAGCGUGAGGAACAGGGGCUCACGGCUCAGACGCGAGGCAGAAUCGCAGAGCAGCGGGCCGUCCGACGCAGCGUCCCGACCCGAGGGGUCGCUCAGGCGAGCACAGCGAGGCCAGCUCUGCGUGCACAACGCUGCCCAGAGGACGCUGCGGCGGCAGGUCCCCAGGAGGGGUGUCGGUGACGGAGCGGGCAGCCUGGGCAAGCUCUUCCAAAAGGAAAGAGGAUGGCCUUACGGGCCCCCAUGCCCCAAGUAACUCCCAGCUGCAGUAAGAGCUGCUGUGUGCAGGGGAGGACACGGGGCCCCAGGGAGGACGGAGAGUUUCAGGGGAGGACACGGGGCCCCAGGAAGGAUGCAGAGUCCCAGGGGAGGACGAGGGGCCCCAGGGAGGAUGCAGAGUCCCAGG